CACUCCCCGUCCCCCUCUCAAUCUCCCUGCCACUCUCUCCUUCCCUCCCUCUCUCCUCUGCUGCUGCUGCCUCUUCUCCCGAUGUGAUACACACUCUCUGUCUCCGUCUGUUUCUCUCUCUCUCUCCCCCAUAAAAUCUCUCCUUUAUCUUUCACACUUUCCUCUCUAUUUCCCUCUCCCUCUCCCCCUUUCCAUCUCCGUCCUCUCUCCCUCUCUCCCUCAUCUCUGAUAUUUGAACCCUCUUCUCCCUUGUCUCUCUCCCUCUAUCCCUCCCUCUUCCUCUUUCCCCUAUUUCUGCCUUUCUCUAUCUGUCUCUCUCCCAUUCCCUGUCACUCUCUUUUCCCCUCCAUCUCUACUCUCUCUCUCUUUUCUUCUCUUUCUGUCUCACUCCCGCCCUCCCUCUUUCCCUCCCUGCUCCCCCUCACUCUCCCUCGCCAAGAGGCACCCCCUGUGUUCCUUUGGGGAGCAGAGAAUGGACUGCUCUCUCUGUCCCAGGACCCCGGUUUGGUUGAUGCUGCUGCCUCUGUUGUGCCUUUGGAAUGUGGCCGCCUGUCCUACCCACUGCAAGUGCUCCCCCACCUCGGUCGAGUGUGCUGAGGCUGGCGCGGGUGAAGGUUUUCCCUUCUUGGACCCAGACGAGAGAGCCAACAUAACUGAGAUAUACAUCGAGGGCCAGGCUGGCCUGAAGCACCUGACUGCAUCAGACCUGGAGCACUACAGCAAGCUCAGAAAUCUAACAAUCACUGACACUGGAUUGGAGGACAUCGAUGUGAAUGCCUUUAUCCACAGUCCCCAGCUUCAGUACAUAAAUCUGUCGUCGAAUGCACUCACCUCCCUGUCCUGGAAACACUUCCAGUCUCUCAACCUCACUGAGCUGACGCUGCUGAGAAACCCCCUGCGAUGCUCUUGCGCGAUUGGCUGGCUGCGUCUGUGGCAGGAGCGCGGGCUUGCGGCGCUGGCCAAUCAGAGCCUGAGUUGCCGGGGGAACGGCAGCAGUAUGAGACUGGAGUCGCUGCUGCUCGUCGACUGCGGUAAGCGGCGCCGGGACCGCCGGGCCGGGACCGCCGAUGUGGCGGAGGCUGUAAUCAACGCAGAGAACCUGACAGUGAAGGAAGGAGAGAACCUCACCCUCCUGUGUCGUGCCUCAGGUCUGCCCCCUCCCUCUGUCCACUGGCUACUGGAGAGGGUCAGGUCCCGCUACUCCCUGCAGGUGGAUGCUGCUCGGCCGCAGGAAGCAGCGCUUAUCCUGAUCAACGUCGACCCCGAGGAGAAUGGCAACACCCUCAGCUGCUGGGCAGAGAACAUGGUGGGGGCCACAGAGGUCUCCCUCACUCUCUCAGUGUUGUAUAAACCGGAGAUCCUGAGCCUGUCAGACGCCGUCAAUCACCACAACUGGUGCUUCCCGUUUGUGAUGCGCGGCAACCCCCGGCCCCGCACCCGAUGGUUCCACGGCCCCUUCGAGCUGCCCAACAGCCUCAUCAGCUGGACCACCAUCUACGAGGAGGCCCCCAACGAGGUGCACGGCUGCCUGGAACUGGCCAGUCCCACCCACUGCAACAAUGGCAACUACACGCUGAUCAUCGAGAACCCCCUGGGCAGCGCCCACGCUUCUGCCCAGGGACACUUCAUGGACGGGCCCCUCGACAUCUGCCUCAGCGAGCCCACCACCCCUGCAGCAAGGGAGACCACCACCUCAAGGAACGUGACGGCCCGGGAAGAGGAGCCUACCUUCGGAGUGUGGGUGCCAGUGGGACUGGCUGUCCUGGCCUCGCUCUUCCUGAUGCUGGUGCUGACCGCAAUUCACCGAGUCCGCGCUGACAGCAAGCUGCAUCACAACCGGGAGGCAAAGAUGCUGGGAGCAGAGGAGGAGGCCGGGGUUUCGCUGCACUUCCUGAACUUGGGCAUCAGUGCCAGCCCACUGCCCCACGACCAACAGGAGGCAAAGAGCCAUGCCAUCCAGAACCCACAGUACUUCUGGGAGUCCCGCUCCUUCCUGAAGGAUCACGACCCUGCCGUGCACCACAUCAUCCGGAGGGACAUCAGUCUGAAGUGGGAGCUCGGGGAAGGAGCCUUUGGCAAGGUGUUUCUGGCAGAGUGGGAGAAACACAGGGACGGGGAGGAACCGAUGCUGGUGGCGGUCAAGGCUCUGAAGGAGGCGACGGAGAGCGCACGGACAGACUUCCAGCGAGAGGCCGAGCUACUGACCUUGCUGCAGCACCAGCACAUCGUCACCUUCCACGGGGUGUGCACGCAGGGCGAGCCCCUCCUCAUGGUCUUUGAGUACAUGAAGCACGGAGAUCUCAACCGCUUCCUGCGAUGCCAGGGUCCCGACGCCCCGAUGCUGGUGGGUGGCAGCGAGCAGACACUGGGACCGUUGAAAAUGCCCCAGCUCCUGCACAUCGCCCAGCAAAUCGCUGCGGGCAUGGUCUACCUCGCCUCGCUACACUUUGUCCACCGCGACCUCGCCACCCGCAACUGCCUAGUCGGGGAGGGCAUGGUGGUGAAGAUUGGGGAUUUCGGCAUGUCCCGGGAUAUCUACAGCACGGACUACUACAGGGUCGGAGGUCGCACCAUGCUGCCUAUCCGCUGGAUGCCCCCCGAGAGCAUCAUGUACCGCAAGUUCACGGCGGAGAGUGACAUCUGGAGCUUCGGUGUGGUGCUGUGGGAGAUCUUCACCUAUGGCAAGCAGCCUUGGUACCAGCUGUCCAACACUGAGGCCAUCGAGUGCAUCACGCAGGGUCGGGUGCUGGAGUGCCCACGUGGCUGCCCCCGGGAGGUGUAUGCCAUCAUGCGGGGCUGCUGGACCAGAGACCCACAGCAGAGGCUGUCCAUCAAGGAGAUCCACGACCGUCUGCAGCAGCUGGUCAGAUCGCCGCCGCUUUACCUUGACGUGUUGCAGUGAGGUCUGCGGUUGUGUGGACGCUUUGCGCGACUGAGGGGAGGGGUCUGUCUCCCCUCACAAGGGGACUCUGUCGUUGCAGACUGCAUGCGGAUCUGGACUGUAGAUAAGGACGGUUAAUAUAUGCACCCUGAAUAUCUCCCCAUGAAUAUCACUGACUCCAUAAUAUCCAAGCCUGUGUUUUCAAGUGGUGCCUGGUACACAGCUGACACUGACUGCAGGUGGGCGGUGGGACCACCAGAGGCCCUGUGACUGAGCCGAGUGUUAUUUCUUG